AAGUAAAACGCCCAAUUGUGAUUGUGAGGCUGAGGUUAUCCCCAACUCGGCAGCCCAACAAUGUUCUGAGAUUUCCUUUCUGCAUUUCCUCAGCCAACCACAAUGGCCGCCAUGCCCCUUUUCUCAUCGCCUUCUCCAUCUCACUUCCCCACUCUUGCUCCUUCAAAACCCCAUCUUUCCCAACGCCCACUCUUCAUCUCUCUCAAAAAGCCCAAGAAUCUCCCAUUCUUGAUUUCCGCAAGUGCUGCUGCUGCUGGGAAUGGGUCCGGCUUGGCUUCUGUGGAGGAGCAAGAGACGACGGUGGGUGAGGCUCCUGAGGCUAAUGGGAAGGCCUUGAACUCCAACGGGUCGCCGCCGGCUGUGGCUGUCGAAGCUCCGGCGCCGGAAGUGGUGAGUAAGUUCCAAGAUCCGAGAUGGGUGGGUGGGACUUGGGAUUUGAGUCAGUUUCAGAGUGAUGGGAAGACCCAUUGGAAUUCUGUGAUUGAUGCUGAGGCUAGGAGGAGGAAAUGGUUAGAAGAUAACCCGGAGUCAUCAAGUAAUGAGGACCCCGUGGUUUUUGACACUUCAAUCAUUCCUUGGUGGGUAUGGAUGAAGAGGUUCCACCUUCCCGAAGCUGAACUCCUUAAUGGGCGGGCUGCAAUGGUCGGGUUCUUUAUGGCAUACGUGGUUGAUAGCUUGACCGGGGUUGGCCUCGUCGAUCAAAUGGGCAAUUUCUUCUGCAAAACGCUGUUGUUCGUAGCUGUAUCGGGUGUCCUCUUGAUCAGAAAGAAUGAGGACAUAGAAACACUGAAGAAGUUGGUGGAGGAGACAACUUUCUAUGACAAGCAAUGGCAAGCAACUUGGCAAGAGGAGACCCCUAAGGAUUCUUGAUGAUGAAGAGAGUUUAAUUUAUUCUCUUUUUAACUUUGCACUUUUUGCAACUUCUUGGAAAUUUGUAUUUUGGAAUAUAUUCCACUAUGUAUGUAACUUGCAUUUAUACUCUUUUGUAUUGUCAAUGGAGAAAUAGAAUCCUUAUUAGGACUUA